GUGCUCCAGUACAAACCGACGCAGCCACCCACGUUAUUAAAGUAGACUUGAACAGAAACCUCGGCAACUUGGUAAAUGGCAUGUGGGAAGAGGCGAUCGCCGUGCUCGAUAAGAACAUGCCGAGUACUUCUAACGAAUGGGUUUCCUUUGAUACGUACGAUCUUAUAACCAAGAUUGUCUCUCAAGUCAUGGCGAUUGCCUUGGUCGGUCCAGAACUAUGUCGGAACGAGGAAUGGCUUAAGCUCUCCAUAGAAACCACUUUCGCCGUCUUUGGCGCCGCCAAUUCGAUAAGGAAUGACUACACCCCUCAUUGGAGGUGGCUGGCGAAGUACCAGAACGAUGCGCCUAAGCAACUUCGAGCGAUACGUGCCAAAGCAGCCGAGCUUCUAAGACCCGUGUAUGCCAAGCGGCUCGACGGAGUAAAAAGCAAGAAAGUCGACAACGGCUCCUCCAGCAAGUUUUCAGACACUGUCUACUGGCUCCUAGGCAAUAGAGAAGUAAAUAAAUCGCUGGCAAGAAUAGCGGACCAGGAACUAUUUCUGACCACGGCAUCUAUACAUACCACUUCAGGGACGCUGAAUUCGAUCUUAUUCGACUGGUUGGCUCAUACGGAGUAUCAUGACGAUAUAGAAGCGGAGGUACGCGAGGUUGUAGCAGAGGCCCAGAAAGAUGACAGCGGGAAAGAUCGGUGGGAUAUGCAGCGGAUUGCCAAGCUGAGGAAACUAGACAGCUUCAUGACAGAAAGUGUUCGGAUGCAUCCAAUCGGCUUCAUCACUACGCAGCGCUAUACCUUGAAGUCCCACAGAUUCAACGACGGCCUCCGUAUCCCCGCCGGCACCAUCUUCCAGUUCCCGUCGGACGGAGUCCACCAUGACGCGGACAUCUACCCGGAGCCGGACAGGUUCGACGCCUACCGCUUCCUGCGCAUGCGGGAGACGGUCGAUCCGAACCGGUUCCACUUCGCGUCCGUGUCAGACACGUUUUUAAACUUUGGGGCGGGGUCGCACGCGUGUCCGGGGAGGUUUAUUAGUGCCAUAGCCAUCAAGCUCGUCAUGGCACUGCUGAUGACCAGGUACGAGGUCAAGUGGAAGGACGAGAGCAUUCGGCAGAGACCAGAUGACAUGGCGUACGAUUUCAAUCUGAGGUGUAAUCCGUCGGUGAGGAUAGCAUUGCGGAGAAAAGCAUAAUGGCGACAGGAUACCUACCUUGGAAGAUUAGGUACCUAGAGCAGCCUACCAUAUCUGAAUUAAUGCUGGCGAAACAUCAAUGGCAUGAUAAAAAUGUCCGUAUCCGUCCCAUUCUCGUAUCGCGUCUGAUUACAGGUACCUAUUUUGUAAGACAACCGGUACUUGGAACUCUCAUGUUUAGGAUUGGUGCGGAAUACACUGCUAAGUGUAACCUCUACAUGGUCAUAUUUCUUUUUCGAACAAUACAUCCAGGGGUAAAUCAGCCACCCCCUCUUAGUCUAUACUAUG